AAAGCGGUUUGUUUAGCAUGAUCGGAUCUAAUCCUUAAAUUUAUUCCAGUUCACAGUCCGUACCAGUUGGUGGCGGCACCAAUUCGUUGUUUGAAAUCCGCCACUAAAUAUCGAGAAGAAGAAGAAAAACAAGGAAAAAGAAAAGAAAGGUGUUCGCUUGGUUCGUAAUUUUGCACCGCCCGUCUGAGCUUUCAAUACCUGUGUGCUGCAGCUGCCAUGACAGCUCUUUUAUCGAUUAAAAGAGCAAUUUACAGCCAAAUGUUUAAAGAGCGGUAGCCGUGCUGCUGCUGCGUGGGAUCGGAUCGAGUAAAGAGAAGUUUUGGGAAUAACAGUCAGGUUUUGGCUCACGGAGCGAAGAAAGCGGAGAAGCCUAUCACAUCAAAAUGGCAACCCCCUAUGUGACAGAUGAAUCUGGGAAAUACAUAGCUGCAACUCAGCGACCUGAUGGGACGUGGAGAAAGCCGAGACGGGUAAAGGAUGGUUAUGUUCCCCAGGAGGAGGUCCCUGUGUAUGAAAACAAAUAUGUGAAGUUUUUUAAGAGCAAACCCGACCUGCCUCCAGGCCUGAACCCAUCUGAAGCAGCUCCGCCAAAGCAGCAGCAGCAAAAGAUACCCGGCUGUGGGGACAGCGAGACGGGCGGUCUGUCAAAGUCGGCCAAACGCAACAUGAAACGUAAGGAAAAACGAAAACAGCAGCAGCACCAGGACCAGGACGGCGAAGAAGAAUUGGAUUUGGUGAACAGCGGUGUUGAGAAUGUGUCCAUCUCAGGGAGCGGCGAGUGUGCGAGCAAGACCCAGGGUACUACGUGUGUCUUGUUACCAGAUGAGUCUUCAGCGGCUUCAGUGGGGGCUGAAAAGGCCAAGAAGAUAAAAAACCUGAAAAAGAAGCUGCGACAGGUCGAGGAGUUGCAGCAGAAGGUGGACUCGGGGGAAAUACAGCAGCUGACGAAGGAUCAGUUGGAAAAGCUGGGCCGGGCCGAGGCCUUACGAGAGGAGCUGGAGCAGCUGGAAUGUGAUUGCUGAACCAGGGAAGGACAGGAGAGUCGGACUAAAGAUGCAAAUCACAAACAGGAAGGGGCCUCUGUAACUUCCAGUUUCCCUCUGACAUUUAUCAUGAAGGAUGGUAGGAAACACAGCUCUGAGGACAGUAUGUCUGUAAGGCAGACAUCGCAUCUGUUUUCUUUAGUUUUAAUUGUGACCCGUCUACAGGUGUACUUUCUGUCUUUUAAGGAGAUCAUUGUGACAUGUUUUGUGCUUCUCUGUUCUUUCCAUUUUGUAAUCUGAACAACAUUUGGAACCACAGGAAAUAAAAAAAAUAUCCUAAAGUUUGUAAAAGAGGAUUUAGUUUUUCACCUUCCUGUUUUAAACAAUGAUCAUGUUUGACAUCGAUUGAAUGGCAUGUCAUUGUCUCACUUAUGUCAUGUCUCUGCAGUCAGUACAGUUAUUAAAAUACUUACUGCCUUUCCUGUA